AUGGCGAAGAGCAAAGGCACGAAGCCUCCCAAGUCGCGUCCUGCUUCGACCUCAUCUCUGUCACAGCCGCAAAUGGCUGAUCAAAAUGUACAAAUCACUGCCUUCUCGCCUGAUGCCACUCUAUUUGCACAACUCUCACAGGCUGUCGAUCGUGCUCGUCUCCGAGUGUACGCGUCACAUAAGGCUGGCGUGAUGGCGGACUUUCUUCUUCCUGAAGCUCAAACAUGUCGUGCGAUUGCAUGGAUUCUUCUGGGAGCGCAGUCGGAGUCUGACCUGUCACCAUCGUCCUCAUCGACGUCGGCGUCUUCAAAGAAACGCAAGGCUUUGGCGAGAGCUGCGGCUGAGCAGCAUACAAGCGACUCAACGGCGCCUACUCCGCAUGUGGCACUAGGCAUGUCAGACGGCACAGUUCUGGUAUAUUCGCCGGUCACAGCCCGUGUAAUGCGUGUACUUGUUGUGUCUUCCCAGGAUAGCUCAACUGCUGCUCUUGUAUCAUUAUCGUACCGCGACAACCAUCUCUGGGGUGUCACUGCGAAUGGUUGGGUGCACGGCUGGGUUGUGUCAGGGCUUGCAAGUGCAUCUGUGCACGAGCGCGUGCCACCCACACGACAUUUCUUGCCCGAUAGCAAGAUGCCCAUGUCGCUCUUGACAUGUGGUCCAUCACACCGCAUGCUUACGGCGCAUCAUGCAUUGGCUUUGUACGACGUGAGCACGGAGCGCAUUGCUGCACCACUAAGGCAAUUCACAGGCCAUGCAACGCCCAUCACGCACGCUGCCUGGGCGGGUGAAGAUGCGUUUGUCAGUGCUGCAGCGGAAGACCGUCAUUUGUACUACUGGUUCACGCACCUGAGUCAUGCAGGAGCGAUGCUAACACUGGACGCACCUGCACAUCGCUUGGUCACCUGGGCUGAGGCGGAUGGCACAGCGAUGCUUCUUGUCAUUUCCCAGCUGGGUACCGCCAACGUAUACAGACUACCUAGGGAGGUGCCUAAAGCCAAAGGGCUCGCUACAUUGACGCCGGUGUCUGUCGUGUCGACAGCGUUUGAAGGCACGGAGCUUCUCGAUGCCAUCUGCACGCCUGACGGCACGCUCCGAUAUGCACGCAUUGUUAAGGGUUUCAAAGUCGUGUUGGAUGAGGCGCCCUUGUACGAGGACGACAAUGCGCUUCGAUCUGUUGUCACACUGGCAGCCAGCUCUGCGCCGAAGCCCGAGGUUGCUUUGCGCGACACACAGCGUUACAAAGAAGCUCGCGGUGCUGCGGGCACACGUGCAGAACUGCCUGGCCAUACAGCAGCAGCAGCAGCGCUCCUCGGCACGGAGGGGGGACUGCUGCCGGAUGCCGCUAGCUCGUCAGUGGAUUUACAUGACGAUGCUCUCCAAGAUGGCGACGUCAAUGAGCCAACACUUGCGCAGCGUCUCAAGGCUUUGAAGGUUCAGCGUGGCGAUGCACGUGCUAGUACGGUCAACGAGCGUGAAGAGGAGGACGAAGAUGAUGGUGACGUUGACGGAGCCGCGCCCGACCCGGGUGCAGAAGUGCCGGUCGGCGGCGCCUCCCUGGCGUCGUCUUUGACGCAGGCGCUGCAUUCUGGUGAUCAUGCAUUACUCACGUCGUGCCUUGUGCACUCAGAUGUGACGCUGAUCCGUGCUACUGUGCGGCGUAUUUCGGGGCCUUUGGCUGUGCGGCUGUUGGAAGCCUGUGUGGACCGACUGAAUCGGGGUGGUGUGAAAAGCAAGGGCGCGCUUGGUAGUGGACGUGCGCGCGGCAUUGUUGAAUGGAUUCACCAAUCACUGACGUUCCAUGCAGCGUACUUGAUGUCACUGCCGAAUCUUGUGGCACGUCUCUCGCAGCUGCAUCACAGCCUGGCAGCGCGGCUUGCUUCCCAUGAGCGUCUUCUGGCACUGAAGGGACGCAUGGAGCUUGUCAUGAGCCAGAUCGAUAUGCACAUGUCGUACACGGCAGACGAGGCACAGAUGCCCGUGCAAGGCCAAAAGCUUGGGAAGCGGUCAUCUGCAACUGAGCUUGAGAAGAAGCAGCAGGCAUCUCAGCUUCAGCAACAGGGCCAAACUUGGGUCGAGCCAGACGAAGAUGACGACGUGGAGGAUAUUGGCUUGACAGCUGGCAAUGACGUAUCCAUGAAUGCGGACGAGGACGAUUACGAAGAUGGUAUUCCCGAGGACAUGGAUGAAGAUGAGCUGGUGAAUGAAGAUGCUCUGGAAGAGACCGAAGAAAAUAGCGAUUUGUCUCUGGAGGAAGAUGAGGAGAAUGAAUUGGGUUUGGAUGAGGAUGAUAUGGCAUCUGACGAUGAAGAUGAAGACGACGGUGACGACGACAACGACAACGACACCGACAACGAGUCCUAG